AUGUCUAAAUUUGGUCUUGCUUUCUCAACUGUGGCUCAAGUGUUUGCCUCGUUAAUUAUGUCACUUAGCAUCUGCUCUCUAUUUGGUGUCACAUUAACGAUUGUUUCUGUAUCUUGGAAACUAUUACCUUUUGUUUUUAUCCUGGUCGGUGUUGAGAAUAUGUUUAUUUUAACAAAUGCUAUAACAACAAUUCCCAUGCAAUUGAAUGUAAAAGAACGUGUCGCUAAAGCGACUUUGUCUAUUGAUCUUGAAAGAUUAGAAUUAGAG